UAUUUAUUAUAAUUUUAUACCUGAUUCCUGAACCUCAGAACCUGAUACGGUGAGGUGAGGUGAGCAGUUGAGACUUGAGAGAGGCGGAGAGCAGAGAAUCAGAGAGAGGCUGAGGCGGUGGAGACUGGAGAGUAAAGAGAGGCGGAGAGCAGAGACUAGAGAGAAAGUAUUCUGUAUUCCCUGAACGUCUUGUGAGAAUGGGUGAGUUGAACAUAGAGAAUGCUUCCUCGGCCUUAGCUUUGCGAGUUUCACCACUAAAGCAAGAGUCAGCUGUUACAACUGGUCCAGAUACCAAGCCAAAGAAGAAAAUCUGCUGUGCUUGCCCUGACACUAAGAAGCUGAGAGAUGAAUGCAUCGUGGAGCAUGGUGAAGAUGCUUGUGCUAAAUGGAUAGAUGCUCAUCGUCAGUGCCUUCGGGCAGAGGGCUUUAAUGUUUGAGAUUGGUAAAAACAUUUGAGACAAUAACAAUUUUAAAGCUCAAAAAAUUGAUUUUAGAAUUACAAAUAUGACAUACCACAUGGAAUUUGAAAUUUCAGAAUAAAGCGAGGAGGUAUUUUCAUGAUUUGUGUUUUCUUGAUUUAAAGUGAAAGUGGCCACAAUACGAAAAUAAGUGAGAGGAUUUGAUAGAUUGGUA